GCAACAACAAACCAAUACGUAUGGCUGUUGUUGUCUGUGGCGGCAACGCAUCAAAUCAAGAUGGAGAACGCUUUAUUUUCCAACAUCAAAAAGCUAUACGACCACGGCCUAUACGAAUGCGUUAUACCAUCGGCCAGCCUGUUGUGCACACUGCUGCAAAAUGAUCGAAAUGUGGCCACACUCGAAAUGGAAUACCAGGCAAUGCUCUAUCUAAGCAAUGCCAAUUAUAAACAGCACAAUUAUCGCACCGCCUGCAAUCAACUGGAGGCAGUUGUCCUGCAGCGCAAAUCGAUGCUGCGCUUUAAGAGCAGCUAUCUGACGGCCAUCGAGAGCUCCUAUCCGCAGUUUCAGGAUGCCGAGCUGCGCUACAAGAUCGCCAUCUGUUACCAGGAGCUGGGCGAAUACAACAUGGCCAUGAGCACACUGCAGGCGGUUAAGACGCGAACACCGCGCCUGAACAUGUUGCUGGCCCGGCUAAUGCAUCAUCAUGGUCGCGGCGUUAGCAAGAAGGAGAUUGCGCUCGCCUUCAAGGAUGUGCUGCGCGAGUGUCCCAUGUCGCUGACAUCCAUCGAGGCGCUCAUCGAGCUGGGCAUCGAUGGCAGCGAGGUGCAUUCCAUGGUCGUAAAUGCCGCCGCGCUGCCGAAGAACAUCGAAUGGCUGAGCAGCUGGAUCAAGGGGCAUGCCCAGAUGUACGGCUGCAAGCAUCGGGAGGCGGCGCAGACAUUUCAACAGCUAAACGAUACAACAUCGUUCCGCCAGAACGAGCAUCUGCUGACAAAGAUUGGCCAGUGCAUGUACUAUUACGGCAAUUUUGUGCGGGCGGAACAGUAUCUGGCCAUGGCCACAAUGCUCAAUCCGCACAAUCUGGACGCCCUCUGCCCGCUGGCCGUGGUCUACGAGUUCAACAAGAAGAAGCUCGAGCAGGGCAAACUGAUUGCGCCGCUCGAGAUACGCACCACCGGGGAGUUCAGCUCAUCGCAUUGGUUCCUGCACGCCCAGCUCUCCUAUAUGAAUUCCAAAUACGAUCGCUCCCUGAUCUUUACGGAGCGUGCUCUGGCCAUGGAUGCGCGCAACAUUGAGGCGCUGCUGCUGCGCGGCCGUCUGUUCGGCGGCUUGGGUCGCCACAAGGAUGCGAUCGAUGUGUUCCGCAGCGCCCGCUGCCUGGCCCCAUACAGAUUCGAGGUGUACAAGGGUCUGGUCGCGUGCUUUAUACGCCUAAAAUGGCUUAAGGAGGCGCAGACCAUGUGCGCAUUGGCCGUUCGAUAUUUCCGGACAUCGCCGCGCAGCUAUACCAUGUUCGGCGGCACAUUGUUCCAUCUGGCCAAUCCGACGGCCAAGAAGAGCGCACGCAAAUUUGUCGAAAAGGCGCUGCAAAUCGAUGAGCACUAUGCGCCCGGCAUUGCACUGAUGGCCAGCAUCUAUCAGGAUGAGGGUGACACCCAGGAGGCAAUUGUUUUACUGCGCAAACAGGUCGCCAGUCAUCCGCAUCCCAAGCUGUUUGCCAUGCUGGCCGAGUUGCUCAGCGUCGACAAGGAUCUGGAUGCGGCACUUCAUUAUUACACGUUGGCGCUCAGAUUGGAUCCAACAUUUCAGCGCGCCUUGGAUGGCAUCAAUUCGCUGACCAAGGCGGCCCGCACUGGCAAGCCCAGCGACAAGGCCAGCGAGUCGGCGAGCAGCUCCAGCGUCGCCGCCGGCGAUGCCAGCAAUGCGGCCAGCAUGUCCAGGCCCUGUACGACGCCCAAUCAUGAAUGGCUGCUGGACUGCGAUGAGGCAUCCACCGAGGCGCUGGAGCUGUCCUCGCCGGCUGGGCCGCCGGAGGAUGUUGAAUCGGAUACGUUCUCGGAGCCCUUCUGGCAGGAUGUUGACGGCGAGCUGACCAACUAAUUUGGCCAAGUGAAGCUUCCGCUAGCCGCCAAGCCAACCCAGACCCCACCCCCCCCUCCCGCCACCCUUCACAACCAAUUUAUUAUGUUGAAUCUCUUGCGUUGCAUUCCCAAUUAGCCAUAUCUCAUGUAAAUUCCAAACACAUGUUUUUUGUUUUUAUUUUAUUUUUUUUCUUUGUUUUUGUAUUUAAGCGCCAAACCAAAUUCUCAUUAUCAUGAAAUGUA